AAAGACAUUUCAUUUGUCGCCGGCCGGCUCGCAGGGAGCACCUUGAACAGUCUUGGGGGUUUUUCGCUCUAGACCCCAAAGCCCAGCUUUAAAAAGAAACUAGCAGCAUGGAGAAGACCUCUAAAGCAAGGGUCAGGCGGCUGGCGCCCAUGGCCGCCGCUCUGCCUUCACUCGGGCACGUACCUCCAGAACCAAUACUCCAAGGGUAGCUGGAGCUGUCCUCCUGCAGGAGAACACAGACAUCCAGCUUGAGGACAUUUUGGCCGCCUCCCUCCCCUCCCCCACCAUCUUCCUCCUCGGCCCCCCUCGGGCUGGCAUCGCGGCGAAUGUGAGCGACCCUGCGAGGGGAACGUGGGAAAGAGGAAGACGAUGUACCGAGCGCUGCUGCUUUCCUCCUCCCUCCUCAUGGUGAUGAGCAGUCCCCAGUUCCACGCUCACCGCGGGAGGAGGGUGUGCCAGCAGGACGUCCGUCACAAUGUCGUCAUGGCAACUGAGUCCUACGUCCAGCCAGUUCACAAGCCCUACAUCACCAUGUGUCAGGGCCAUCGCCUCUGCAGCACCUACAAGACCACGUACUCGCUGGCUUACCGGCAGGUCAGCAGAACCGUGUCCACUUCACAUUCUAUCCCAGAGUGCUGCCCGGGCUGGAGACGGCUUUACUCGUACAACUGUAACCACGCCGUGUGCAGACAGCCCUGCAUCAACGGAGGCACCUGCCUGAGACCCAACCGCUGCGCCUGUCCCCCCGGCUGGACGGGGGACCAGUGCCAAACAGACGUGGACGAGUGCAGCGGGGAGCAUCCGUGCGUCCAGCAGUGCGUCAACACGGCCGGCAGCUACCGAUGCGCGUGUGGAGACGGCUUCAGGCUCGCCGCAGACGGGCGUUUGUGUCAAACCCUUCCUACGGCGCCCGCUGCUGUUCCCACCCAGAACGAGGAGGCGAGAGCGGGUGAUCAGAGUGAUGCAGGUGGACGGGUCGGCCUGGUCGAGAACGUGACGGAGGAGGUGAAGAGUUUAAGGAGCAGAGUGGAGCUGCUGGAAAAGCAGUUGCAGUUGGUGUUGGAGCCCUUCAGCAGCUUCUUCCCAUUUUCGCUGGACGAGGGCCUGACAGAGAAAACCACUUUGCUCUCCCAUUCUUUUCGGCAGCUGGACCGCAUCGACUCGCUCAGCGAGCAGGUCGGCUUUCUGGAGGAGCGUCUCGGCACAUGCUCCUGCCAGGAGAAUUAGCUCGGCCUUCGCCCUUUCAGCGACUCAGAAUGUGUGCUUUCAAGACGGCUGCAGGACAGUGAUGGCCGACGUCCGACCGUGGCGUCAGUCUUGCGUGAUUCUCAUCGUCCGCCCUUUCCCCAGAUCGAGUGAAGUUCCUGGUUCUGCAGCAGGCCUGGUUUCACCAUGAUGUCAUUGUCGCAACGGUUCAGUCAAACCCUCAGGGGUUCAAAAGUCAAAAGGAGCCACUUAGUGUCCGUGUUUGCUUUACAUCAGUGCAGCUGUGUCCUCCGUCAGAGGGCUGAAACGAACAUCUGUAUUUAUGUAUUUAAAUUAUGAUUACUUUUAAUCAUCUCCCUGAGCUCCAAAAUACAUUUUUACUUAGUUUUGUAACUUUUGUAAUAAAAACCUUGACCAAAA